AUGUUUCACAAAUACAAUUCAUUUACAAAUACACUUUCACCAUCGGAUCAAAUAUCUGCUUAUAUACCACAAAGUUUUGGUACUAAAGAAACAAUAAAUAAUUUUUUCCUUGCUCCACAACCGAAAGGUCGUCACUCCGGUGGCUCCCCAUCACAUUCAGACAGUAAUGUAGCUAGUUCUAAAAGUUCAAUCGUCGGUCUUAUUACGAGUAAGAGCGGUGCUACUAGCUCGGCUCCGGCGGCAAAAGCUCAUACAGUAGCUACCUCGUCUGCUAGUCAUGCAACUGCUGGUCAUGGUCAUCAUUCACAUGCUGCUCCAUGGGAAGGUGUCAAUCUUUGGCGAACACCAUUUAAAGGUGAUACUGAUACAGUUACACAUGUAAAACGUAACAAAGGAACACUUGAUCAAUAUGUUGAAAGUCGUGUUCGUCGUAUCCAACAAUUGCAACUCUUGGCAUUACGUAAUAAGACUACACCUACUUGGGUAAUGAUGCCAAGAGACAAGUUACUUCUUGCAGCACAAGGUGCUAUUGUUGCUUAUGUUCUUUAUGAAGUAACCUCGACUGUAUACAAUCAUUUGAAAGCCAAAGAUCGUCUUAAACGUAAUUAUCAAUAUUAUAUUUUUCUAUUUCCUAGACUAAAAGGAUAG